CUUGGAACUUCACAGCAACUCAUGAUUUCUGAAGAGACAGAUUUCCUAUUUCACAUGUUAUCAAUAAACUGUGUCUCAUGUUCUCUGCUUCCGCUCAGUCCAUUAUUCCCUAAGCAACAUAUUCUUCCGUUUCUGCAAAUAUCCAUGCCCGCUGGCAUCACAUAGUGAAGAAGGGUUCCUUCGACAUCAAGCUCUAUGGCCUCUUCAAAGCAGGCGAAACUAUGUUUUGUGACCGUCGGGGCUACAGCUCCAUUCAAUGCUCUUGUACAAGAGGUUCUUGAAGCACCGUUUCUGGAAGCGCUUAAGGCCAACAACUACACAGAUCUUCGGAUCCAAUAUGGGCAAAUGGGAGCUGCCGCCUUCCAGGAAUGUAAACAGCGGAGUGGGUCUAUGGUUAAAGAGAAAUAUGGACUGAAUUUAACAGGGUUCGACUUUAACUUGACUGGCCUCAAGAGUGAAAUGCUCGCUGUCAAAGCUGACGGUAGCGCAAACAAGGCGGAGGGUUUAGUCGUCAGCCAUGCUGGUUCGGGCACAAUUCUUGAAGUCCUUCGCUUGGGAAUACCCCUUAUGGUGGUCCCAAACCCCCAGCUACUACACAAUCACCAAGACGAACUAGCCAAACAGCUGGCAGUCAGCGGAUAUGUGAUCCAUGGCAAACUUGGGAGCCUGGCAGAGUCCAUGAUGGGGUCAGAAAUUUUUCGGCAGCGCAUGCAUGAAUGGCCUCCAAGCAUCAAUCAAGCGCAUGCCGGCAAGGGCCUUGCUGGAGUGAUGGAAGACGAGCUCGGUUUUGUGGAUUAAUGGCACCUUCAACGUCGAACUAUUCGAACUUAGAAUCACUCGUUGGGGGCUCGUGAUCAACCCUUGGAUGGGGGAUGUUUUUGACCUGUCAACCAAUUUUGAGAUAUAUAUAUAUCCCGGUUAUGGGUGAGAGAUUGUGAGAUGCAUGCGUGUUUAUAUACGGUGAUACCUCCCAUUUGGCAUUGUAUGGCGUUAGAGCAGGCGUUACCCAUUUUCAUUAUUAUUAUUACUACUAUUAUCGCUAUCUUGUAUGUUAUUUACCUUUUCUAAGUGCUAUCAUUGCGCCUCUAUCUAAAUCGCCCGUACUCCCUCUGGGUCCUUACUAGAUAUCUAGACCCAGAGUAGAGGAGAUGACGAAAGAGAGCCCAUUAGAUGUUCAGUGCCAAAGCCCAGUUAUGGCUAACAACGCAUCCAAUACUCUCAACCUACUGUCGUUCAUCCACCAUUGACCAACGGGAGUCGAACACACAUCUCCUUAUGCCGAGAUGGCAUCCAGAUAACUCGGCAAUUGAGAACUUGGGGAAUCCCAGCGUUUUGCAUUCCCCGCAAUAAUAAAACGACAUAAAAAAAUAAACUUCAUGCUGUAAACUCAUUAGAUCUGCAAAAUAUUUAACUUUCUUCUCAGUCUGUGACAUUUUGGCUAGGCAUUCUUGUUGCAGA